CAUGUUCAACUUCUGCAGGGAGUCGAGAGGAAGGAGAAUUGCCAGCUGAUGCUGCUUCUCCCGGAGGUAUGGAAAUUGAGGAAACAAGCUUCGUCCAACAAAUGCAUGAUGCUCUGAAGGAAGGAUCGGCUGAUGUUCCACCCACUCCUGACGUUGAUCCAUCAGCUGCGGACACAGGUACUGAUCUUUCUCCUCUCGGAAGAGAAAUCCGAGAAAUGAAUGAGUCGGACCGUGUGCCUCCUCUAAUGACCUGUGCGCUUUCUCUCCUUUUAGUCAAAUUAAAAGAAGCAGGUACCAGUAGUGGAGCUCUCGAAUCAGCCCCGACCAAUGAAGACAUCCCGAUGCACGAGCCUAUUGAAGGAGAAGCUACCCAUGCCACCAAAGUCGAUGAUUUUAAUAAUUUCGACUUUAAUAUCUCAGAGGACGACCAUCAACAAAUCCUUGAUUCUCUGUUAGAGAAAGCCUCUGAUGCAACUAUCGGCUCAGAUGUUGGAAUUGGUUCAACGGAAGCCGGUCCUUCUGAGAGUAAGACUUUGGUUCUGUGAACUCCACAUAUAUAUAUACGUAUAUAUUUUGACUUGAUUAAUCAUAUAAGUGUCUGAAUUAUAGGACCAACUGCUGGAGCUGAUACUACUAUAAUUACUGGAACGUCUGAUCGGCCAGAGGGUAGCGAACUCGUGCCAUGGGCAGGAACUGAGGUUGAUUUGCAAUCAUCAGUUCUUGAGCCUCAACCUUCUACUCCUAUGGACCCUAUGAUGAUAGAAGUCACUGUCACUCCCCAGAUUAGUCCGGUCGCAACAAAAGCGAGACCAACUGAAGGCGUUGGUACGUCGGCUGAUGUUAUGCCUAUUGCUGGUACAUUUUACCCAUAAUUUUGUUUCAAAUUUUGGGUUAACAUCUCAUUAUGCUCAUUGUAACUCCUUCGUUUGUAGAAUCAACUCUUAAAGAGCCUC